CUCUGCACCUGCUGUUUCUGCUUGCUUUGCCAAUGCUACUGAGUCUACACGUGGCCGAGGCCGGAGUGCACUACCAUCGCUAUAUGCUGAGCGACUAUAAGCCGCAACACAAUCCCAAUACGCAGUUGGACUACAAACGACGCAAAGCCCCCAAUUAUAAAGAAUAUUCUCUCAUGGAUGCAGGCAAAACAGGCAUGGUGACAGAGCCCAGGAUACAAAUAAUAGGCAAAGGACCGCAACCAAUGCUGAACGAGCUGCUCGUGCGUAUCUAUCACAAUAACAAAUUCCUGUGCAUGGGUACCUUGAUUACGCCAAAGAUUGUGUUGACUGCAACUACAUGUCUGAUUCAAGUUAACUCGCAUAUAACGGUCAAGACAUCAGAAAAUCAUGUGAUUGAGGCGCACCCCCACAACGGGAAUGACGUGAUUGUGAGGGAAGAAGAUUCAUUAUUGGCACUGUUGGACCUCAAGGAGGAAGUACAAAACUUCAAAGGGCAGGCAACGCAGCUCUGCACCAACAAAUUGCCACCGAGAACUAAUGUCGAACUGCCCACCUACCUGCGCAACAAACGUGAAGUGUACAACGUGGAGUCAAAGGUUCUGUCGCUGGACGAGUGCCGGCGCAUCAUAAAGGACACCAAUCAAAAUUUAGGAAGUAAUACUUUAUGUGCCCACAACUCUAGGCUACCGAGGAAAUGCCAGAAUACCUUUGGCAAUCCGCUCGUCUUCAAUGGUAUGAUCUGUGGCGUCAACGUCUUGGGUCACAAUUGUCCGAAAGACAUCGGAGUCGACUUAUAUGCCAGCGUAUACAAUAUAAAGGACUAUAUGAAUAAGAAGAUCGCCGUGAUAAAAAAUAUACAUAUAGAGGAUGAUAUAAUUUAACAAAGCAUAUUAUCUCCAGCUGACUUCAGAUUAAUUACGAGAUACGAGUACGUUCCACAAAUUCAAGAGUACCUUUUAAAAAUUCGAACAUACACAUGCGUUUGGUUUAAACCGAUUUAUUUUACUCAAAU